GACGGGAAGGACAGCGGGGAAGGGCGCCCAACAUGGCGCCGCUCGGCUGGGGCCGGUGUUGAGGGAGGCGCAGGAGGCGGCGGCCGCGGUGCUAUCGCCGGGCGACGCGCUGCCGGGAUGGCUCAGUGCGUGCAGAGCGUCCACGAGUUCAUCCAGGACACCUUCGUGCCCAUGGUGGCCGUGCUGUGCAGCGAGGCGGCCGAGAGCUCGACGCGGAAAAACAACCUGACGUUCGCCGAGCUGGUGCGGCCCUUCUGCCGCCUGACGUCCGAAGUUCAUAUGCGAGAUCCUAACAACCAGAGCCAUGUUAUUAAAAACCUGAGGAUCAACGUCACCAGCAUUGUCACUCAACCGCCACAACAGACCACUAUUCGGAAGCUGUUAAGUGAGGUGGUUUCUGCUAGUCAGCCUGCAGAAGGAUUGGUUGCUAAUGUGAUUACAGCAGGAGAUUAUGAUCUCAACAUCAGUGAUCGCUCAGUAAGAGCUAGUGUUCCAUGGUACAAUAAUUGGAAAGACACUUUGACGCAGCUGAGUUCGUCCAAGUUCCAUGCAGCUACUACUCCCUGGUUUGAAGCCUACAGAGAAUGCUUCUUCCAAUCCAUGCCUCCGUCAGACCAUGAGUUUCUACACCACUAUUUGGCAUGCAUGCUAGUGGUGUCAUCAAGGGACUCUGAUCCAGUGGAACAGUUUUUAAAGUUAUCACAAGAACAACAUCGUAUUCAGCAUAGCAGUGAUUACUCGUAUCCAAAGUGGUUUAUUCCAAAUACACUGAAAUACUACGUUUUACUGCAUGAUGUCAGUGAAGGGGAAGGAGAACGAGCUGAAUCUGUUUAUGAAGAAAUGAAGCAGAGAUAUGGAACACAAGGGUGCUAUUUAUUGAAGUUUAACUCUCGAAUGCCAUCGAGUGGAGCAGAUGAACAGAUCCCUGACCCUUGGAGUCAGUAUUUGAAUCGAAACAAUUUACAAAACCAGGAAAUCUGUGAUGGUUUCGUUCCGCCCGCCAGCAAGAGUAAGGAAAGCAUGACUGGAGUGGAGCUGGAUGGGUUGGACAAUUCAGUCAAUGCUGGAAUUCCAAACAACUUCAAAUCUCACCCGUAUCAGGGAAGUGUGAAGUCAAGGGAACUUGAUGGUCCUAACCAAGCAAAACCCUUGGAAGCAGUCAAUGCCACGAUGAAACAAAACAGCUCCAGUGCUCGUGGAUUGAGUUUAACUCUGACUGACCACGAUCGAAUCCGACAGUUCAUUCAGGAGUUUACAUUCCGUGGAUUACUGCCACACAUCGAAAAGACUAUCAGGCAACUGAAUGAUCAGCUGGUGUCCAGAAAAGGUCUCAGUCGUUCUUUGUUCACUGCAACUAAAAAAUGGUUCAGCGGCAGUAAAGUGCCAGAGAAAACUCUAAAUGAAUUGAAAAAUGCCUCCAGUCUAUUGUAUCCACCAGAGGCUCCAGAGUUGCAAAUCAGGAAAAUGGCAGAUCUUUGUUUCUUGGUUCAACACUACGACCUAGCUUACAACUGCUACCAUACUGCAAAGAAAGAUUUUCUCAAUGAUCAAGCAAUGCUUUAUGCAGCAGGGGCAUUGGAAAUGGCGGCAGCGUCGGUUUUUCUUCAGCCUGGAGCACAGAGACAAUAUCCCAGCCACUAUAUGGAAACAGCGAUUCAGACGUACAAGGACUUGUGCAAGAACUUGGUACUUGCUGAGCGGUGCACAUUAUUGAGUGCUGAAAUCUUAAAAAGCCAAGCCAAAUAUUCAGAAGCUGCGACACUUCUUAUUCGGAUGACUAGUGAGGAUUCUGACCUUCGAAGUGCAAUUUUACUGGAACAAGCUGCUCACUGUUUCAUCAACAUGCGAUCUCCAAUGGUACGCAAGUUUGCUUUUCAUAUGAUUCUGGCCGGACAUCGAUUUGGUAAAGCGGAUCAGCGAAAGCAUGCCUUACGGUGCUACAGUCAAGCCAUGCAAGUAUACAAAGGAAAAGGAUGGAGUCUGGCAGAGGAUCACAUCAACUUCACAAUUGGUCGUCAGUCUUUCACUCUGCGGCAGCUGGACAAUGCAGUGUCAGCCUUCAGGCAUAUUCUGAUCAAUGACAGCAAACAGACAGCUGCGCAGCAGGAAGCUUUCCUUCGGGAGUACCUGUAUGUUUACAAGAGUGUCAGCCAGUUCUCACCAGAAGGACCACUACCCCAACUUCCCUUGCCCUACAUUCAGAGCUCAGCAACACGGGUGUUUUUUGGACACGACAGGCGCCCUUCAGAAGGAGAAAAGCAAGCAGCCACCCAUGUCAGCUUGGACCAGGAAUAUGAACGUGAAGCUUCCCAGCAAUGGAAAGAGCUCGAGGAGCGGGUUGUAACUGUGGUGAACAAAGGGACAAUCCCACAGAAUUUUCAGCACACUCAGUAUUGUCUCAACAGCCAGACUGACAACUUGCGCUUUCCUGUGGCUGUGGUAGAAGAACCAGUUACAGUUGAAGUAGUGUUCAAAAAUCCUUUGAAGGUCCCUCUAUUGUUGAGUGAUCUGUCGUUGUUGUGGAAAUUUAACUUUAGAGACUUCACUAAAGUUUCAGAGGAAGAUGCAAGAGAAUCUAUCAGCAACGAGAAAGAUUUACAUCUGAAGACAUCUCAGAGCAUUGUCACGGAGGUAAUAAAUGAAUUUCAAAUAAGUGGUGAAGAGACCAAAAUGGCAAGAUUAAAACUACUUCCUCGUCAGACAGGAGAGCUGCACGUUCUUGGAGUCGUUUACAAUCUCAGCACAGUACCAUCAGCUGCUAAACAAGAUGGAAUAGACUCCAGUCCUGGAACACGGGUAGCAGCCAAUUGCCUCAAUGUCAGCAGCCCUUACUUGGCAAAAUCUGGCAACAAACCGCAAGCGACUCAUAACCUCCAUCAAUCCAGCUCAACAGAUCAGCUGGAGUAUUACCAUGGGCUAAGCUGGACCGAAGGUAAAGUACCUCAUGGGUUAUCAGUAAGAGGACGUCAAGAUUUGGAAAUCCAGGGACCAAGGCUCAAUAACACUAAAGAAGAGAAAACUUCUGUGAAGUAUGGAUCAGAUCGGCGGCUAGAUCCCAUCAUCACAGAGGCAAUGCCCUUGUUAGAGGUAUUUUUCAUUAACUUCCCCACUGGAUUGCUUUGUGGUGAAUUGAGAAAAACUUAUGUGGAGUUUGUGAACGUAAGCCAGUGUCCACUUACUGGAUUGAAAGUUGUAUGCAAGGACCCAGACUUCUUUUCCUUUGGGAGUAAAACUGCUGCAUUAACGCCGUUAAGUCCAACAGCUUCAGAAAACUGUAGUGCCUACAAGACUGUUAUAACUGACUGUGCAGGCACAUCCUCGGCUAUCACAUCAUCGGUUUCCCCCGCAGACUUCGGGGUGGACUCUGGAAAUCCACGAUGGGUGAUUGACGUGCCUCUGCCUGACUCUGUACUAUCACCUGGGGCUUCUGUGCAGCUACCCAUGUGGUUACGUGGACCUGAUGAGGAAGGAGUACAUGAAAUAAACUUUUUAUUUUACUAUGAAAGUACAAAACCACAUUCAAAAUUGAGCCACCGAGUGCUAAGACACACAGCGAUAAUAUGCACAAGCCGUUCUCUGAGUGUGAGGGCCACGGCAUGCAGAAGUAAUGCCCUGGAUGCUGAAGCAAAGAGCGACAUUGAUAAUCUCCUAGUGUUUCUGGAUGUGGCCAAUAUUAAUACAAGUGAAGCAGGUGUAAGGGAAUUCCACAUAAUUCAGGUGUCGAGUUGUAGCGAACAUUGGAAACUACAGAAGUGUAUAAAUCCUACUGAAGAUAAAGAUGCAAAGCUCAGCAAUCGGGAGAGGGCAAAACUAUGUUUUAGGGCAACAAGAUGUCAACGUUCAGAAGCUACCUCAUGUACAGAAGGAAGGUAUAUAUUUGCAGAUAUCGUUCUGGGAAAUGAGCAGAUAAUCAGUUCAACCACUCCCUGCGCAGACUUCUUCUUCCAAAGUUGCUGUGCUGUACAGUCUCGGAAGACUGCAUUGCAGGCGACUAUGGGACCUGGGAGACCAAAAACUGGUGACAUCACUAAAUUAGUGCAGAAGUGCAAUGAGGUGGAUCUGAACAUUAUAGUAUUAUGGAAGGCUUAUGUUGUGGAGGACAAUAAGCAGCUUAUUUUGGAAGGCCAGCUUCAUGUUGCUCUCCAGUCAAUCGGGAAAGAAGCCUGUUCUUUACCUCAAGUACAGGAGGCACAGGAAAUGGUUCUGCUAAAAUUUGUCCGACCAGAACAGCCACAGCUUCCCACGCGACCAAGCCUGGAACAGCUUUCACAUCUCAUUAAGAUUAGCCUUCAUUACCCUGAAUACUAUGACCAUUCAUUUCAUCAAAAGAGUUUGUGUUUAGUCCCCGUUACCCUUGUUCUUUUCAACUGCUGUCAGAUUGAAGUGGACAUUAUCGUUGACCUGCGGCACAAGGCCACAAGCCCAGAGAUGUUGGAGGUUCACGGUUCUUUCACUUGGCUCGGACAGACCCAGUACAAACUUCAGCUGAAGGGGCAGGAGGUUCACACGGUCCCAUUGAAGGCCUGUUUUGUUCAUGCUGGGUCUACAACCUCGGCACCCCCAGAGUUUUUUGCCAAACUGGCUGAUCAGAAUGUGCAGUGUGAAACCAGCCAGCAGAACUCCACACCAGCCUGAUCAUUAUCAACAAUAUCUGACCGCCACAGUGCGAGGCACCACUAUCUCACUGAAUCUCAGAAGGAAUCCUAAAUAAUGGUCAUUUUUUUUUUGUAGCUAUGUUUGAAAUAUCCUGCAGUUCUACUUUGCACCUUCAAAUUCAGAACUAAUACUAAGGAAUUGUACAGAACAAAUGAAGGGUUGGGGGAGGGGUAAUGGGGAGGGGGAACAGAGCUUAAACCAGACCCCAAAAUUAUUUUUUAAGUCUUUCACAAUAAAAGGCACUCUGGAUUGUGUGUUCUCUGUAUGUAAUAUGGGUCUGAAUAUAUUUAUCAUUCACCUCUGCUUAUAGUUGACUUUUUUUGAAAUGUGAGCAUUGGAUACAGGUUGGGACAUCUGUUAGUAGAUGCAGUUUAAAAACUACUGUCACCUCUUCCGGCACACCUUUGCUUUUCUGAGAGGUGGCAUUUGCACUUUUGGCUUAUCUUGUCAGCCUCGUGUCCUGACGAGAUCAAGAUCAACAACCAAAAGAUGUUGAUCACUUGAGGUGUAGUUUGUGAUGAGGGAGGGUAUGCAUUAAUUGCACGAUCUAACAGUUCACUGCUUACAAUAAAUUUCCAAAUAAAUCGUUUUGCGUUCAACCUUUUGAAGUAUAAAGUUUAAAUAUUGCUUGACGUCUUAGACCUCUGCCUCUUUUUACCUCCUGAUGUGUUUCUCACUAUCUCAGGUUUACAACAAGCUGAAUAAUGAAGCAAGUAUCUAUUUGAUUUUUCUCUUGGUUUGGUUUAAUUCAAUUGAAAGUUCAUCUUUUUCCACAGCCACAGGGUGUAAUGUGAGGUGGAUCCAGCUAGCUACAUUAUAAUGGAACUUUGCAAAUUCAAUGUGUUAUUUAAUGUGUCACAGACUUAAAUGAAAACAAAUGUCUUUUCAAGAAAUGAUGUAUUAUAUUUAUAGGUAAUGUCUGUAAAUACAAUAAAACAUAACCCAUAUAGAA